AUGAGUGUAGACUGAGCAGGAAUUGCCUCUUCCCCUUCUCCUUCGUCCUCCUCGUCCAGGUGCAGUGAGAGCAUCCAGUAUCUUCCCCAUCUUGAGUGUGGGUCUGCUGUUCUUCGGAGGUCUCUGUGUGGCAGCCAGUGAGUUCUACAAGAGCAAACUCAACGUCAUCUUGAGUGCAGGGAUUUUUUUUGUAUCGGCAGGUGAGUCCCAAGUCACUUCUCCACUGUCUAUGCUACCUGGCAUAAGAUUAAAGCUCUGACCUUUGCUGCCAAGGCUGACUCCCAGCAAUGGGGUGCCAACCAGAUUUGAAUACCAUCCUCCCAGAAGGAAACACUUUUGCUCUCCACCCUUCUGGCUCCAUAUGGUCUCUUCCAACUUUGCAUGCCUAUGAAUGGGAUAUCUGGGUAUCUGUCCCAAAAGAGCCAUAGAGCAGAACAUCUGCCCUGAAAGCAGAGGGUUCCAGAUUCAUCCCCCGACAUCUCAAGAUUUGGAUAUGGGAUGCAGUGAUUCUGUGUGUAGAUUGAGCCCUCCUCCUCCUUGCCCAUUAACCCUUGCCAAGAACUGCUGCUUAGUUGAGGAAGGGCCAAAGCUUAGUAGGCACAGCCCCUGCUUGGCAUGCAGAAGGUCCCAGGUCCGGUUCUCUGCAUCUCCAGGUAGGCCUGGAAUGUCCCCUACCUGACACCCCGGAGAGCUGCUGCCCAUCAAUGUCGGCAAUGCUGAGCUGGAAGUGUCAAAGGUCUGACUCAGUAUAAGGCAACUUCUUAUGUCUCUGAGCUGCUGCAGCAGCAACAGCAGCUUCAAAGGGAUUUGGAGCCCCAGAAUCCCUCUCAGAGCAGUUUCUGUGUACUUUGAUGUAUUUUACAAAACUCAGAAUUGGCGCUCAACAGCAGCAUCUUAAUUCUGAAGUUAAAGGUUGAGCUGAUAAGCCCUGUGUGAUGUCUUAGCUAAGCUGGCUCUCUCUCUCUCUCUCUCUCUCUCUCUCUCUGUGUGUGUGUGUGUGUGUGUGUGUUGGAAGAUGCUGUGCUUUUCUGAGGAUGCUCUGCAUUUUCUGGAAAGCUAAGCCAACCUUUGUUUCUUGGCAGGAUGCAAUUGCCUUUAGGGAAACAGCCAGAGGAGUAAAUAAGAUAAUUCAGGGCAGCACAGUAAAAGGGUAACCACUGAAUAACAGAAAUGUCUUGGGACCAAGGUAGCUAAAGGACUCCCUCCAGCCAUACAAUCCUGCCCAGAUAUUUAAGGCCAGGUUCUGAGGUCCCGCUUGUACGGCCACCAGGAAAAUAAAUUAAAUUGGUAGUACAAGCACUCUCUGUGUGGUGGCUCCACAGUUCUGGAACUGCCAGCUGUAUGGAUUCUGUUCAGGCUUGCAAGCAAGCUUUCAAAAUGCACCUGUUCCAGGCUGCCUUUUCUUGACAGUCUCAUGCUGAUGCCUUUCUGUGCCACCUUAAAUGAUCAAGUUCUUGCAAACGCAGAAUAGGUAUGUUGUGGUACCUGUAGUGCUGCAAAUUCCACCGAUCAAAGUAGUCAGCUUUGGGGGGCCACAGCCAGCUUGGUUCCAUAGACUCAUCCUAGUGCCCCGUACCUUACUAUACCCUCCAACACCUUGAGUUCCCAAACCGGGGUCCAUGUGCUCCCUCCCAUGCUCCCAAGUCAGUCAUGUGACCAGCGCAAGAUCACUGAGCCCAGAAAACAUGCUUUUUUCGGGGCCAAGCUCACAAGGCACCCAAAAAUGCACCAUGAGAUUGCAGCCCUGGGGGAAAAAACUUUGGGGGAUUGCUUUUUUCUAGGCGAGGUCUCGGUAUGUUAUCACUUGAGAUCACAGCACCCCAAAUGGCCGCUGUGCUCUCACACAAGAAAAUGGGAUGUCCCAUUUUUCUGGGAUACUUGGGUAAACCCUGCCCUGCCCUAUAACAGGCCUGUACAGAGCUUAUCUGAGAUCCAAGGUGGGAGUCUUGUUAGAACAAAGUUAUAAACACAAACAAAAAAACAGGCAGCCUCUGGCAGGGUAGCCCAGCCAGCUUAGCCCUCUGAGGCCCAGGGCAAGUGUACCCAGCUGCCCCAGCCCCUGCACAGGCCUGCCCUAUAAAAAGCAUUAUUCAGAAGAGUGCUUUCCAUUGCAAGGAGGUCAAACAUGAGACCAAUCCAGUUGCAGGGAGUUCCAAAGGUGGAAUGGGUACUACAGGGGUAUAGUAGGCGUAUACAUCCAUGACCCACUAAGGAAGAUAGUCACACAAUAAAAUUUGAAACAGUAACAAUUAAUUGCACAUUUAUUCAAAAUCCAAUUAAAACUAUGUGGUUUAAUUAAUUCAAUGAAGUUGAUGAACAUGAUCCCGUGAUACCAGCUUUUCAAAGGCUGAUAGUCAUUUACACUUCUGGUGCCCCCUACCUCCCCCCCCCUUUGGCUCUUAGCAACCCCUCCCCAAGAAUCCUAGAGACCCCCAGGAGGCAGUACCGCCCACUUUGGGAAACACUGGUUUGGAAGAACCUGCUGAAACCAGGCCUCUCCCAUUCCCAGGAGGCAGCUAUGCCUUUGCACUGCCCUGGCCAGUUCAACACCUGGAGAGGAGCAGCCAUCUGGAGAGGAAUGCGAGCGAGUGGCAAAUGGCUUCCUUCCUGACUGCUGUUGUGGGCUAUUUCGUGACAGUAUCUUUGUCUCCAGGAAAUCUUUUGUCUUGGGCUCCCUCCGCAAACGCUCCACCCUAAAAAAAAGACAGAGAGCAUUGUUCUCACUUCUUCAGCCGAGAGGAGUAGAGAAGCAAAGCAGCAAACAAAACGCUCUUGACUCAUUAACGCAACACAAAGCUCCUCUGUGGCAAGGAAGCAAGGGGGGGCACCCCAUGCAUGUUAGCUGAAAGGGUGCCCCCCCUUCAGUUUCACACAGAGCCCAGAAAAUGCCCCUGGGGUGCUGGCGGGUGCUGGUGUCAGGCAGGAAUGCUGGAAGUUCUCUGAUACUGAGUCAACCUGAUGGUGCAUCUAGCUCAGUGUUGUUGCAUUGGGUCUCCAUCAGCUGUCAAGCAGUGGACACUCCCAGUCCUACCUGGAGAUGUGGGGGAUGAACCUGGAACCCUCUGCUUCCAGGGCAGAUGUUCUGCUCUAUGGCCCUUUUGGGACAGAUACCCAGAUAUCCCAUUCAUAGGCAUGCAAAGUUGGAAAAGGCCAUAUGGAGGCAGAAGGGUGGAGAGCAAACGUGUUUCCUUCCAGGAGUUGAAAUGAAAAUAGCAUGACUUCCCCAAAUAUGUUGGUGUUUGUGUGCCACCAGUUCAUCCCUUGCAUACUGCAGAGUCCCAUUCAUCUCCUCUGACUGGAUGAGCAAAGUGUCAGGAACUGGCUGUAUGGGGAAGAGUGGCAGAAGCCACCUGACCAGAGCCCCCGGGGGAAAGCACAGAGGGAGAGGGUUUGGAUCCUGGCUCCUGGUGGUGGGAAAUCAGCCACACCCCAGAGGAGGGAGAAAGCUGGGAAGUGCUGGAGGCUGGGAGCUUGGAGGAGGAUGAAGAGGAGGAAACAGGCAGGUGCCCCAGCCCACAGGAAUCAGACUUGACAGCUCCACCAGAGCCACCCUGACAAUUUCUCUGCUGACAGCCUGCAAGCCUCUUCCCUUCCACUCCUAGAACAAGGCAUCUACUGCAUGUCACAGAGCAGAGAGCCAGGCAAAAACAGAGAGCGUUCUUUGGGUUAGAGAGUGAAGGCAGGGAGUUACAAUCCAGUCCAGGCAACUGCUUCAUCUAGACAGGAACAACCCUUAGAAGCCCCUGUGUGUUCUCUGCUCUGCUUCUUUAAUAACGAAACUAACUGUAACAGGAUAGUACGCACCCCGGAAAUUAUCUCUUUCAGCUUCUGCCUUCUGGAAGAAGGUAUAGGGUUAUAAAGACCAGGACUAGCCGCCUGAGAAACAGUUUCUACUCAAAUUCAAUUCUGGUUCUAAACGCAGCAUAAGGAGUCUCUAUAGUAUAUUAUAUUUUAAAACGGGGUUUCAGAGUUUUUAGGGGGGGGUUGAAUGUUUUAUGUAGUUUUUCAGUUUCAUUGUUCUGUAUGGGACAAUGACAAUAAAGAUAUCGUAUAUCGUAUAUCAUAUAGCGUAUAGCGUAUAGCGUAUAUUGUAUAUCGCAUAUCAUAAGUUAACCAGCAUGUCACUGUCUUUCUCUGUGUUGCAAAUGACCUGUUCUCCCUGUUGGCUCCCGGACACAAAGUUACUUUAGUCCUCCUCUGAUUCUUCCCUUCAGGGCUAAGCAACAUCAUCGGGAUUAUCGUUUACAUCUCUGCCAACGCCGGGGACCCUGGGCAGAGCGACUCCAAGAAGAGUUACUCCUACGGCUGGUCCUUCUACUUCGGGGCCUUAUCCUUCAUCAUUGCUGAGAUGGUGGGGGUGAUUGCCGUCCACAUGUACAUCGAGAAGCACCGCCAGAUCCGAGCCAAAACCCAUUCCGUGGCGCUGCUGAAGAAGUCCACCUUUGCCCGCUUGCCUACCUACCGGUACCGGUUCCGAAGGAGAUCCAGCUCCCGCUCCACGGAGCCCAGGUCCAGGGACCUGUCCCCCAUCGGCAAAGGCUUCAACACCAUCCCGUCCACCGACAUCUCCAUGUUCACCCUCUCCAGGGAUCCUUCCAAGCUGACUAUUGGGACACUGCUCAACUCAGAGAGAGAUCACGGGUUUUUACAGAUUCACAACUCCCUCCCCAAAGAGUUCAAGGAGUCCUUACACAACAAUCCAGGCAACAGACGAACCACGCCAGUCUGA